AUGUGUAAUCCAGUGUUUUUUUUUUUAAUCGGGUCUUUGUGGGAGGAAAAAAAAAACAUUUUGAGUAGCCUAAACGACGUAUUUAAACAACAACAACAACGACGACCAAACACGUUUCGAUGCAUGGUCGGCCCUUGAAAGAAAUCCCAAAAUAGUUUCCAGAGUUCAGCAGCCGCUGAACCGGUGCGCGGUCUGCUGGAGAGGAGCUAUCAUGCCAGACUGCUUCGGUCUGUGCGCGGUCCUACUGGCUCUCCUCGUUUUAACCGUAGCAGGCUGUGUUUUUUACUCAGGACUCUUUGCGGAUAUCGUUGUGCAAACCUGCUCCCCUGCCAUAAAAAAGCUAACUUUCGCCUAUAAGUUCAAAGAAGGAGCAUACAGAGACAGCGGGGAACUUUUUAACGAGGCUCGCAGAGUCGGACUUGGACUCCCGUGUCUUGGAGUGUUUUAUAGCCAUCCUAAAAAGAUAUCUGCUCCACUGUGCCGCUAUGCUGUUGGCUGUAUUCUGAGUGAGGGAGAAAACAAAGUUGACGAGGAACUUCUACAACACUGCAAGGCGUCGGGGUUUAAUGUCUUCUCCUUCCCCCAAGUCACCCAUGUGAUCGCUACCUCAUUCCCUCACCGAGCGCUUUUUUCUACGUUCUUCAGAGAGAGAAGAGUCUACCCACAGCUUGAGAACUACAUCAAGGAACGUAGGCUGUGUGCUCACCCGUUCCUUGAGCUCUACAGAGAUGGUCAGAUUCAGUUCAUCGUCCCCCUGGCUCGGCAGGGGGAUUUCUAUGUGCCUGAGGUACGACAGGCAGAGAGAAGGCUGUCAGAACAAGAGGAAUCUCACAGUGAUACAGACAUCUCAGGUGCAGACUCCAACAGCGAAUACAGUUCAGGGAGCGGCGUUGUGGAGUCAGACAGCAGAGAGACGUCAUCGGUGGUGUCCUUUGUCCGCUCUGCGCCUGUCCGAGAUCAAGAGAGUGAAGACAACAAAGGGAGAAGCUCCGGGGGAGCCCAGUUUCAAGAGCCGAACUGGGAGUGGACUGGUGGAGAUCACGACGAGUCUGAGAAGGAGAGCCUGGAGAUCACGCAGGAGUUGUGGGGUGUCGUCGGAGAGGAGGAAUAAAGAUUCAGAGCUGAGAAAUGAAAGAAAAUAGCAGCUUUGCCGUACUUUGUCAGAAAGAUCAACUCUUCUGAAAUGACCAAAGCUCUGAACAGUGUUUCAAGACUUUUAAUUAGUUUUUUUUUAAAUUUACAAUUGUUGAGAUAUUCACUGGUCUUAUUUCAGUUUUUAUAACUGAAGUGUGUUUUUGGUUGUACCUUUAAGCAAAAAACAACUGGUGCUAAACAGUGCGGAUGUACAGCAGGAAAGCAAUUCAUGAGCUUUCACAAAGUUACAGGGAUCCAAAAGUUUUGGGAUUUUUUAAAAUCGUUAUAAUAGCUAUAAUAAUAGCUAUUAGGCUGUGUCAAACCUCAAUAGGCUGUUGUGGUGUUGAAGGCAUAGUUUUGUCUCUUCAUUUCAAAUGCUUUGCUGUUAUAAGAAGGAUUUUUGUUCUUUUUUUAAUGUCUCAAAUUAUUUACAUGUAUGUUUUCACAUUAGACAUACAUUUAAUUAAAUAAAAACCCAGGUACCCUAGAUUUAUGAAAGAUUUUCACUCUAUGAAUAAAUUAAUAAAAUAAAAUGAAACUUUUAUUUACUUACCCACUUUUGGUAUUUUGUCUUGCCAUAGAGAAUGAUGGGAACAUUUUUGUCCACUUUUCAGCAUUUUGCUUUGCAAAAGUUAAAUGGACCAAUUUUACAGUGAUUUUCAAAAAUAUAAUUUCUACCGACCAUUUUUUAAGGGCAAUGUGGGAUAAUUCAGAACCAUGUCUAAAGUAAAGCAAGACAGGAAAUCAAAAUGAAAGAUUACAGUUCAUGGAGAAAUCCAGGUAUCUGCAUUGGCAGUCACAUUUCUAACCUAAAGCCUCCACUUCUGUACAUUUUCUGAACUGAAUUGUUUGUUACUAGUUUGCCAAUAAAAAAGUUACACUCUACCUCAUAAAAAUAUGAAUGAUCUAAAACCAACAGAUUUAAGUCUUGUGAAAGUUGGUCAAAAGUUAAUUGACUCUCAAUGCUGAUCCUUUUAGAAGUAAUGCUGUUGUUAAGCCUCUUGUUUAGACCUUUGUUGCUGAGUACAUUAGCACUGUACUCUGCCUUUUCGUGUUGCUCUUGGAUGAAUGGCUUCUUUCAUGCUGAGUGGCCUUUAAGUCCAUGUUGCCUGUUUGCCCCCAAACGUGUUCAGGUCUGUGACACAGAACCUGUUAUUCAGAUGGCCGAAGGUGCCAGCUUCUGAUGUCACACAAGGAAGAGGCGUUGCCUUAAAAUACAUCCACAGCUCUAUUUACCUCAAAUGUUGUCAAUAAACAAAUUAGGGAAACCGUACCAAAAAAAAA